AUGCUCCCCUUUGCUAUCCCCUACCCGCCCGAGCAGGCCGAGGGCUUCUGGGGCAUCCCCACGUCCACCAUCGACUGGUGCGAGGAAAACUACGUUGUGCUGCCCUUUAUUGCCGAGGCCUUGAACACGCUCACCAACUCCGUCUUCAUUGCUUUGGCGGCGUUUGCCAUCUUCCACGCCCAUAUAAACCACUUGGAGCUCCGUUUCCAAUUGCUGGCGUUGGGCUUCAUGCUCGUGGGCGUCGGGUCCUGGUGCUUUCACAUGACCCUUCGGUACGAGUACCAGUUGUUGGACGAGCUUCCCAUGAUCUACGCCACGUGUAUCCCCUUUUGGAGUGUGUUUUCGGAGUUCAAGGACCGCAAGGGCCAGAUUGUCGUGGGCGUGGGCAUCUUCACCGCCGCCAACUUGCUCACGUUGAUCUACUUGCACUUCAAGAACCCCACAAUCCACCAGGCAGCCUACGGCUUGUUGAAUGCUGGCAUCAUCUUCAAGUCGUUUUCUUUGGCCAAGGUGCACGUGCACGACGCCAAAGCCUACUCCCAGCUCAACAGAACCAUGUUCUGGGGCAUAGCGCUUUUCCUCUUUGGCUACUUUUUGUGGAAUUGCGAUAUCCAUCUUUGUUCCCACGUUAGAGCGACUAGAAGAGAGUGGGGCAUGCCCUACGGCUUUGUGCUUGAAGGCCACGGCUGGUGGCACAUUUUCACUGGUGUCGGUGUGUACUUCUAUCUUGUGUACGAGGAGUAUCUCCGGUGCUUCUUGACAAAGACUGAGCGUUUCUACGAGUUCCGGUGGAUAGCAGGCUUGCCUGUGGUGCAGCUAGUUGAUGCGGACGGCUUGGUCGCCUUCAAGAAGGCAGAACAGGAAAAGAAGACUAUAUAG